AUGGAUGUUGGUACCUUCGAGUAUCUUAUUUCAAUAAUAGGUCCUGGAAUUGAAAAGCAAACAAAUAUUAGAGAACCAAUUGCUUCUCAUACAAGGUUGCAAAUUUGCUUGAGGUACUUAGCCAGUGGAGACAGCAUGAGAUCAAUAGGAUAUGCAUUUCGAGUUUCUCCAAAUACUGUUUCGCAAAUAAUUCAUGAAACUUGUGAUGAAAUAUGGCUUAAAUUGAAGGAUUUAGUUAUGCCAAUACCAAACAAGGAUGCGUGGACAAAGAUUGCAAAAGACUUUAUUCAGACAUCUUUUGCUCCUCCUGACAGUGGCUCAGUCUACUAUAAUUACAAAAGAACUCAUAGCUUCAAUCUCACUGGCAUUUCAGAUGCACACUACCGAUUUAUUUUGGUAGACGUAGGAGCAGAAGGUUGUUGUAGCGAUACUGGAGUUUUUGCUAAUAGCAAAAUAAAAUCAAGGCUAGAUGCAAAUACUUUAAAUGUGCCUCCACCUUCUGUAGUUAAUCAGUACGAAUUGCCAUUCGUUUUGGUGGCCGAUGAGGUAUACCCGCUAUCAUCGUACUUGAUGCGACCUUAUCCAAAAAGCUCACAGCUAAAUUUGAAAAAAAAGAUAUUUAAUUAUCGUCUCAGCAGAGCCAGACGAGUUAUCGAAAGUGCUUUUGGCAUACUCGCAGCCAGGUGGCGAAUUUUUCGAAGACCAAUCAAUACCUACGUCUUGAAAGCUAAAAAAAUAGUGUUGGUCACUGUCUGUUUGCACAAUUUUAUCAUCACUAAGGAACUUGAAAAGCGUCCUCAAGAAAGACAAUACUUACAAUAUAAUGGACACGACAGGCAGCAAACAUCGCUUGGCAUUAGAAACAUACAAAAUCAGAUUAACCAAGAUGUUAUUUCACACAAUUUGUCCAGUAUUUACAGAGAUAGAUUUACUAACUAUUUUAUAAAUGAAGGCGCUGUACAAUGGCAAUGGGAGAAAGCUGAGAAUAAUGAAUUUUAA